AGGAUUUAUUUUUUGUUUGUUUUACUUACCGGGUCUACUAAGUGGCAGAGCAAGGAUACACUGCUUUCUGAACUCGAAAGACGUCACUUUUUCAACUGUAAUCACCUAUCUCUUCAAUUUACUCUUUCUCCCCUCGGGGAUUCUCUUAUUUAUGGCUGCCACGGAAAUGUCCAACUACGAUAAACAUUUUGGGCCAGAUCCCGAGUCAGUUGCUUUGAUGGAGGUAAAAUAAUGUAGCAUUUGGGGGCUGCCUUUGGGUGGUGGGACAUAAAUCCCUUGAAAUUAGGAUCUAUUGUGUCUUAAUCACAGUUGUUUUUCCCAGAACUAGAACAGCGCCUGGCAUAGACUUGGCUCUCAAAGAAUUCGCCGAAUGGGAAUGGCCAGGGAUCGCAUUUGGCCCAGGGUGGUUGUAGUGUUUCCCGUGGUCACCGCAGCGUCAGGACAGCAACAGGGCGGGCUGUGGGUAAACAGCAGUCCCUGAGCUGCCCUGCGGGAGAGGCGGGGGAAGCCAGGUCUGGGCUUGCCAGUUAAUUCUUGAUACUCCAGGGUCGACGGUACAGUAAUGAUUUUCUCAUAAAGUCAUUAUUUUAUAGAGAGAAGCUCUUGGAUAUUUCCUCUAUUUUACCGCUUUUACUGUGGUGGCAGUAAGAGUGGUGAGAGAGAGUGUGUGUGCGCGGGCGCGUGUGUGUGCGCGUGCACAGAAAGGUGGAUUUCCAAAGUGCUGCUAGAAAUCAUUAACAUCUUCCUUAUAUUUUCUGACAAAAUCACCAAGAAGGAGCUAUCGAAAACUAUUUCCUUAAACGAAAAAAAGGUGGUUCAAAAAUCUGACAACCAAUAGUGUGUAUAACAUUUGCUAAUAAUGUUAAUAGGAUGGCUAAAAAAAAUGUGAUUUCUCAAGAUGAUUGUCAGUGUAUGUUUUUACUUCUUCAGAUAAAUUGAUUUAUUCUAAAUUUGUGUUGUAUUAGGGGAAAACAUUUAAUUGUUUUACAUGAUUUUUCAAUUUCCAUCUUAAAAUAAGUGUAAGAAGACUAUUUUAAAGCAAGAGUCUGUUUAUAUUAUCAAGAGAGUUGUAUUUUGGAGAAGACCCUAGUUAGCUGUCUGAAUAUCAUUUUAGAUUUCAUGUGAAGCUGUUAAAUAUAUGGGUAAAAAUACAACUCUCCCUUUUGAGAUUUCUCUUAUUCACAGAUUUGGUAUUUGAGUUUGAGGUUUAGUUUAUUUUGAUGCACUCAUUGUGGCAGAACUGAAAGACGAGCCAGAGAUUGAAUAACAUAGUUUUAAGAACCUGUAUCACUUUAUACUAGAUAAUUCUUUAGGUAACAGAAUUUCUCUUCCAGAUGCUGAAUUUUAUCUGUCCCUACUUAGUUCUGUAACAGUAAAAGCUGGAAGAUCAGUUCAUAGUGAUCCAAAUGACAGCCCUAAAGUAAGGAUUUACGUGCAUCAGCUUUACCCAAACUCAUAAUGGAAACAGCAAGUCCCUAGAUGUAAGACCAUCUUGGUCCUCAGCCAGGAGUUCCUAACUAAUUGGCUCUGGACCCGUUGAACUAAAUCAAACUUCUGUAGUUUUGACUUAUAAAUAGGUUUUAACUUAUAAAGAGACCUAGCAGAAGUCAGGAAACUUCAAGGGCUUUUAAAACAUACCUACAGACUGCCUAUAAAGACGCUUCAUUUUAUAGAGGAUCCCUUUAAUUAGUAAGCUUUCUUGGUACUUUAAAAAUAAUGGUGUGAUGUAAGGGAUUUGAUUCAAAAUAAUCUGGGUGGGGGGCAGGGGAGUGAGUAGGGAUUUGGAUGAAAUAAGAUCAACUCUGAGUUGAUCAUUGUUGAACCUGGGUGAUGGGUUCAUGGAGAAUUGUGUUUGAAAAUUUCCGUAAUAAAAAGUUACAAAAUAUGUUUUGAGGUACAGAUGUUAGAUUUACACUCAGACUAUUGGUAAAAUACACUGAGUUUUGUCACUGCUUUGUUUCUUCAGGAUCUAAAUGCUUAUAUUUAAUUCUGUAAUUUUAGGCAUUGGCUAGAGAAGACAUUGAUGAAGCUGUAUACACGAUAUUAUUUAGAGAAAAUUAUGUUGCGAAGAAAUUGGAUACGUAUUUUUAGCAUAUGGAUGUUUUUAAGGAAAGAAGAAAAGAGUUGUUACAUAAGAAAUGGACUGAAAAUGUUGCAAAGCCUCUUCAGCAGAGAAUUAUGGAAAAAGUAAUUUCAUAUAAAGGGUUGGAAAAAACAAAACAAGAGAAUUCUGAAUAUUUUUUAAAGCACACAAAUAAAACGGAAAUUAUAUUUGGAGACUUUUAUGAUCCUGAAGUAUACAAUCCUUUUUAUAUGACAAAAAAGGACUCAAAUUAUGGAAAGGUUACGGUCCCACCGUUCUGUGAUCCUCUGUUUAGAAGACAUCGAGAGUUGGAUGAAGAGCGGAGGGCUGUUUUUCAGUACAAGACAGGAAAACGAUGUACCUUAAAAGAAUUUAAAGAACUAGAGAAGGCCAGGCAGUAUGCCAGAUUGCCCCAGCUGACUUUCAGUCUCCACAGAGUGGUUGCAAAAGAGCAGCCCAAAGCUUCUGCAAGGCCUGUGGGAAGCAAAACUCGUAGCAAAUGCAGUCCUGAAAAACUUGUCUGUGCAGAAGAAAAAUAUCCGCCUGAUAAAGAGAAAACGACUAGUGACCUAAGUCAGACUGUUUUGAAAGGCAGUUUUAUUCCUCGAAGCUUGGCCAGGAGAGUAAAAAGCAUGAAAAGAAGAGUCUGUGUCGAUGUACUGCUCAGAUGCUGCCUUGAUCUUCUGGACCCAGGCCGUCCUGGAGGAGAAGCAGAGAGCGCCAUCGGGCAGAUUUCUCACACGUCUUACAGGUCCACCAGGAGCCCCAGAGCUCUGUGCUCGCUAACCUUGGCUUUGAGAAGUUCCCAAUCAUAGACUUCACAGUAAUUCAACGGAAGAACUUGUUUGCUAAUUGAGGAUCAAGCUUGAGAAUUUCUAGAAAGUUCUUGACGGCACCAGGCACUUGUCAGGUGCUGGGCGCACAGAGAUGGAAGAUGCAAUGGCAGCUCAGCACGACAAAUGACAGGUUCUAUUGCACAGAGAGCUGUGCACACAGCGGAGGAGGAGCUACACCCAGAGGACGCGUGGCUGGCCAGGCAGGGAGGGAGGAAGGCACCCAUGCAGAGGGCAGUGGGGGAGGGCAGACAAUCCGGCUGGAGUGCAGGGGUGGGACUGAGACCCAGAGGCACGGGAUAGCCCCAGAGAGCAGGCGAAGGAGAACAGACUGUCCCUGAGGGAUUGCAGUAGGAAGUGAGGUGUUGGCUCUCCCACUUCAGAAGAUCCCGAGGAGAGGCUGGAAGCAGGGAAAUGUGUUAGAGGCGUUUGCGGUAACCUGGCACGUCUAAACCGAGGCCUGCCAGUGGGACUGUGGUGGAGGGGGAAUGAGUAGGGCGUGAGCACGGGCUGGAGGUGGGUUUACGGCGGAGGGAGAGGUCGGGCUUUCUCCUAGGCCCCAAGGCAGGUCACGCGUGGUCAGGACUGACCUCUCAUUAACGUUGUCUGUCCGGAGGGUGUAGACCCGGUCAAUGUGAGAAAUGUGGAAGACAGGUUCAUCGCUGGAAGGGUCUGUGGGCAGUUUCACCAAGGCUUCAUUCAGGAAAAUGGGCUGAAAGAAUUAGGGCCAAAACACAGGCUGUGAAAUGGGUCAGAACACUCCUCCCUCCCACGUCCAGAGAACUGUCUGUUCUGAAGAGCCUUGUAGAGGGGUCCAGCUUCCAGAGUCCUUUACUUAGGAGAAAAGAAACUGCCUCUGUUUCGUGAAAGUAAAUAUCUAGGGUAGAUCAGAUGUUACUAAAGUGGGGACAGGAGCUCCGAGUGUCUGUGACAGCUCACGUGACAGGGUCUCUCCUCCAGGCACUGACACUUGACCCUUCGUGUCAGCCUUGGUUUUACGGAGAGACCCGAUGCUGAAUGUGGAUGGAGGCGGGAUCACACAUCGUGUUUGCUGGGAAGGAAGCUGGAAUCCAUAGCUGGAAUCCAGCUGGUGGCUGUCAGAGGGCAGUGAAGGCCCAGCCACACUAGCCUUCUUCCCUGGGAAGUGACAAAGGAAGCGUGAGCCGUCUGGAGGCAGGUGGAGAGAGUCCCAUGAGGACAGGAAAGGCUCAGGCUGGGAAGGAGGUCCUUAAAGGAAACACCUCGUUGUGCUCUUGAUGUACUGCCAGGAACGUUACACUUACCAUUUUAUACAUUUUGAACUGAGCGUUGGACUUAGAGCUGAAAAGUUUCUCCGAGCCCGAGGAAACAGCAAACUGCUUGACCAUGUAGGUGAGAAGCAGGAAGUCAUUGAAGAGGAACCCGUGCAGCUCCUUGUUGCUCUUGGUCUUGUACAGCUUUCCGCUGUGCAGGAGCUUGCGGGGCCCCAGGCAGUUGGUGAGGGAGUUGAAAACAAGUUGCUUAAAGAGAAAGAAACUGUCACUUUGUAACUCCCAGCACCCCUGGCGAGGCCAGUGCCCUGGACCUGAGGGAGGUGCGGUAGACCCUUCUAGGUGGGAAUGUGGCUGUAAUCAUUCACUUUUACACAAAAGAUCCUUACAUUUAUUUCUCUUCAAAGUUCAGACUGGCACAGUGAAAAUAAUUACUUACAAAACCACAGAAUACUGAUUCUACCGGCUGAAUUCAAAGAACUCAAAACACCUGUCUUUAUGAGAAAGGAAGAUGACAACCCAAGAAUGGGCAGGAUGGUGCGUCUGCAUGGGCUGAGCGGAGGCGUAGACUGUCUACACUAGGGGAAGGCACGAACCUGGUUCCCCACCCGGAGCCUGCCUGGCGGCACCCGGCUCAGCCCCACAGGCCUCACCUCCGCGAGACCUUCACACUGCACGUGAGUCUGGAUCCACUCCAGUCGGUCUGAAUUUUCCUUCUCCCGAACGCCUUCAUUAACUUGCGAGCAGAGCUCCUCUGCCCGCUCGAGGGCCAGCUUCAGAGAGGAGUGGUCUACGUGAUUUUCUGGGGUGUUCUCCAGAAUCUGGAAGAGAGGGGGCUGCGUCAUGUGGGAUGUCUUACGUCUUCCACCUGCCCUGCCAGCUGGGUGCUGGGCGCUGGAAAUACAAUAGUGGGCGAGACAGUCGUUUACCCUUGAGAGGCUCAGGGCCCCUGAGUUCUCGGGGAGACAGGUGACUCAGUGACAAGAGGGUGGGCCAAGCGCUACGUGGACCAAGUGCCCUGUGGGUCUCUGGUGGCUCUCUAGCUGGGUCUGGGGAUAGGCUGUAUAUGUAAGGGUGCCUCCCUACUUCCCCUAGUAACUUAAGCCAUGUGCCUUUAGGGUGAACCCUCCAGUAUAAACUGGCUGCACCUUUGAGAAGUAUGUUAACUUGGUGACUAGCAACAUUUCAUUAUAUUUUUGGGGUCAUUGAUCCUUCUGAGAAAUCUGCUGAAAGCAAUGAAUCCCCUGCCACGGAAAAAACACAAUAAAA